GCAAGUUAUGUAAGAGAUUGUCACGUGUCUCUUAGGCCUCGAAAACGCCAUGGAAACUCUGAGUUCCUCUGCUGCCUUCGUCUCUUCUUCGGCUUCUCCUCUCUCCUUCUUCUCCCCGAAGAGAAAGGAUUCUCCAGUCAGACUCCUCCGAUUCCAUACUUCUUCCAAAAAGAAUGAAAAUGAUUCUGAUCUUCGAUCUGAAUCCAAGGAUUCUAGCAUCGUCCCCUUCUUUGACAACCCUACCCUAUCCAAGGAUGCGGCCAUGGGAUUGGUUCUGAGUGCUGCUUCGGUAAGAGGCUGGACCACUGGUUCCGGCAUGGAAGGGCCCCCCGUGCCUGCUGGAGCUGAUGAAGGAUCGAAUACGGAGAAGGUUUCAACCUUGCCGUGGUCUCUCUUCACCAAAUCGCCGCGUAGGAGAAUGCGCGUUGCCUUCACCUGCAAUGUUUGCGGUCAAAGGACUACUCGCGCUAUCAAUCCACACGCCUACACAGACGGCACUGUUUUCGUUCAGUGCUGUGGAUGUAAUAUUUUUCAUAAGCUGGUGGACAAUUUGAACCUGUUUCACGAGAUGAAGUGCUAUGUGAACCCGAGCUUCAAUUAUAAAGAUGCAAAAUGGGAUGUUGGAUUCAAGUUGUUUGAUAUGGAUGAUGAGGAUAAUAGAAAUGAUUCGUUUCCAAUCUAAAGAGGUGAAUUUGAUUUUAGAAUGUAAAUUCGUUUCUUAUACUGGAACUGAUUUGUAUUGUGAUUGUAUAUAGGGUCUUACUGUUAUAUUAAUUGGUGGGUUAGUGUAAUUAAUAAGUCUGGAUGCAUUUGGAACUAAACUGCCUUUCAUACUUUGAAUUUGGAUAUUUAUAAUGGAAAAAUGGAACAAGGUUUACUUGAUGUUAAGAAUCCUGCUUUAGUGUUGUUUAUAGUGUUCAAAAAGUAAUUGCUCAAAAUAUGGUUGGUAUUUUCCCUCUUGCUUUCUUGAGAUCAUUUUGUGUUUUUUGAUAAUUUUUUUAGUUCUCUUGAAAUUAAGCACUUUCUGGCUUGUUUUCUAGAAGUUACAAGUUAUUGAUUCAGAUAAAAAUUAGCAUUUUGAUCUUUAGUGAGAAAAAAAAAAAGUCUUGUUGAAAUGAUUAAUUAUUUUGAUACAUUUUGUGAAUUGCACAGGUGUUUCUCAAAUGCACUUUUGGUGGUAAAAUAUAUGCUUCUAGUGGAUAUUGAUGCAUAUGGCCUUAGGACAACUUGAUGAUAAGAAUGUAUGGGAUGGAAUUUUUUUUUUUUUUUCUCCCUUAGCCGAUGGGAUAGAAAAUGUUAACUACGUGUUUAUGUUGAUAAUUAGCAGUUUUGCCACCUUAUCUUUGAAUAGAACGUUGAACUUUGUUCCAUAUGGUUACAUAUGUUAACUAUAUAUUGUGAUUUCGUGGUCACAUAAAUUUCAGUGAAUAAAGUUGGCUUUCGUUGUGUUGUGUUUC